ACUUGCAUUGCGGAGAACCAAUAAAAAAAUUAGAGUCUCACUCUCAAUCUCUCAUGAUCAUAAUACACCUAACCGCUUUAAACCUCUCUAGUCGCUAAUCUCAGUAUCUCCAUUGGUACUGCCGGCGAUGACGUCGCUUCUUCUGGUCGUCUUCUUCCUCUUCGGCGUUUCUCCGGUUAUCUCUGACGGUUCCGAUCACCGUUAUAAGGUCGGCGAUGAUGUUCCCCUUUACGCCAACAAAGUCGGCCCGUUUCACAAUCCUAGUGAAACAUACCGAUACUUUGAUCUCCCAUUCUGUUCAUCAGCUCCUGUUAAGGAAAAGAAGGAAGCUCUUGGGGAGGUUCUCAAUGGAGAUCGGUUAGUCAGUGCACCCUACAAACUGGAGUUUUUGAAUUUCAAGAUCUCUGUAGUUGCAUGUAGAAAGAGGUUGAGUAGAGAAGACGUUGCUAAGUUUCGUGAUGUCAUCUUGAAAGACUACUACUUUCAGAUGUAUUAUGAUGACUUGCCCAUCUGGGGAUUCCUUGGAAAAGUUGUCAAGGAUGGCAAAACUGACCCAUCCGAGUACAAAUACUACCUCUUCAAUCACCUGCAGUUUGAGAUUUUCUAUAAUCAGGACCGUGUUAUUGAAGUUAUUGUGAGAACAGACCAGAACUUUCUUGUGGACUUGACUGAGGACAAGGAAGUCGAAGUGGAUUUCACAUACACAGUUCGAUGGAAGGAAACAGAAAUUCCAUUCGAGAAGAGGAUGGAGAAAUACUCGCUGGCUUCUUCAAUGCCCCACCACUUGGAAAUCCACUGGUUCUCUAUCAUUAACUCAUGUGUCACAGUUCUUCUCUUGACUGGUUUCCUUGCCACUAUUCUGAUGCGAGUCUUGAAGAAUGAUUUUGUCAAGUAUGCUCAUGAUGAAGAGGCAGCUGAAGACCAAGAAGAGACUGGGUGGAAAUUGAUUCAUGGUGAUGUAUUUAGGUUCCCAAUACACAAAUCCCUGCUGGCUGCGGCCCUUGGUUCUGGCACACAACUGUUUACACUAGCUGUUUUCAUCUUUAUGCUUGCGUUAGUUGGUGUCUUUUAUCCCUACAACCGUGGAGCAUUGUUUACUGCAUUGGUGGUCAUAUAUGCACUUACUUCAGGGAUUGCCGGAUAUACUUCUGCUUCUUUCUAUUGCCAGCUAGAAGGAACUAAUUGGGUAAGUAUGGAUAAUNGAUCUCAUGAGCACGUAACAACACGUGAUAUAGACAAUGUCAUUAGCACACAACGCGAAUCGCGUCACAAGAAAGAGAUCACAUUCAUGCUGCAAUACAACACUAACCGCAAAGAAUUCAACAAGUAA